CGAAAUCGAGGCUGUUAAAUUUUGACUUUUCUGGAAAUAUUCACACAUUUACUCUGUUUCCUCAGACCUCCGUCCUCAUAAAGACACGAUGGAUGCACCGUCGGGAUUUCGUAAUCCUGGUUCCACUGGUGGUGGAGGGAAGCCAAGCAGAAUACGUGGAAAGAAGAUUUCACCAAAUCAGAAUCCGCAACUUUUCGAUGACACAAGUCAACAACCACCUUAUGGGGGUCAGCAGCAGCAGUAUCCACCCCCUGGUAGUCAAGCUCCACCCCAAGGAUUUGACCAGUCAGCUGGAUUUGGUAGUCCGACGCACGGAAUGAGUCAGCCGUUUGCUCCACAAAAUCUCAUGAGUGACCCCAUGGCUAAUAUGGCCGUACAGUACGGACAGAAUUUUGCGGGCCAGGGAAAGGAAUACGUCCAACAGAAUCUGGAAAAAUAUAUGUCAAAGUCAAGAUUAAAGUAUUACUUCGCUGUAGAUACAUCAUAUGUUGGGAAGAAAAUAGCAUUACUACUAUUCCCCUUUACACAUUCUGAUUGGUCCAUAAAAUACAGCCAGGAUGAACCUGUAGCGCCUAGAUAUGAAAUCAACGCCCCCGAUCUCUAUAUCCCUGUGAUGGCAUUUGUAACAUACAUACUGCUUGCUGGAUUUAUCCUAGGAACUCAAGAUAAGUUUGCCCCUGAAGAGCUAGGGAUGCAAGCCAGUUCAGCCUUAGUAUGGUUGAUCAUAGAAAUCCUAGUAAUCCUAUUCACACUCUACAUCAUGAAUGUGUCCACAGACCUCAAGUAUUUAGAUCUCUUAGCCUUCUGUGGAUAUAAAUAUGUAGGAAUGAUAUGUAGUCUUAUAGCUGGCCUUUUCUUCCACUCUGGGGGAUAUUAUCUAGUCCUCAUCUACUGUAGCUGCACUAUUGUAUUCUUUCUGAUACGUACACUAAAGGUCCAAGUCUUGCCUCAUUCUGACCCAGAUAGCCUAGCCACUGGAAACAAAAGACGGACAUAUAUCUUGCUUUUUAUAGCAGGAAUUCAACCAAUUUUCAUGUGGUGGCUUACUGGACAUUUAACCGGAUUCAAUGUAAAUGGACUGAAAAUCUGA